AGUGGUGCACACUUCCUUCAAACACGUGUUUCACUGGGACAAUAGUGAGUGGUGCACACUUCCUUCGCCCGGCCACAGAACAACAAAAAAGAGUUGCUGGUGUAACAAUAGGAAGAAUAUAUUCCACUCCUCUCUUGUACACGCGGCUUAUGAGAUGAACGCUCGUCAAGAAGAACGUCCCCUUCAGCAGCAGGAGGAUCCACAGCCCCCCCACAUUAAAGAGGAAGAGGAGGAAGUGUGGAUCAGUCAGGAGGGAGAGUGUCCUGUAGGGCAGGAGGAGGCUGAUGUCAGCAAGUUUCCACUGACUGUUGUCUCUGUGAAGACUGAAGAGCAUGAAGACAAACCACCUGAGUCCUCACAGCUUCAUCACAGUCCAAACGUCUGUGAAGAACAUCUUCUCCCUGAGCAACAGAAGUGGAGCUUCAGGAUGGAGCCACAGCCCUCCCACAUUAAAAAGGAAAAGAAACACCCACUGAUCCCCCAUUUUAAAGCGGAAGAGGAUGACCCACUGACCACUCACAUCAAAGAGGAAGAGGAGGACUCAUUGACCCCCAAUUUUAAAAAGGAAGAGGAGAAGCCACUAAUAACCCAUUUUAAAGAGGAAGAGGAGGACCUACUGACCCCUUACUUUAAAGAGGAAGAGGAGGACCAAGAGCCGCCGCACAUUAAAGAGGAAGAGGAUGACCCACUGACCCCCUACUUUAAAGAGGAAGAGGAGGAAGAGGGCAUCAGUCAGCCUAAAUGGUUGGAGGAGUUCCCAGUGACUGGUGUCCCUGUGAAGAGUGAAGAUGAUGAGGUGAAAGGUGAAAGUGAGGAGAGGGGAGGGGGGGAGCCUCCAAGCAGCAGCUCAACACAACACAUGACAACAGAAGCUGAUGGAGACCACUGUGGAGGAUCACAAGCAGACAAGCUCUUAGCUCCACUAUCAGAUAGUGAGGACACAACGUCACACUCUCCUGACACUGAUGAUGAAGACUCUAAAGAUGAUAAGACAUGUCACACUGACAACACUCGCUUCACAUGUUCUCACUGUCACAAAACUUUUAAAUACCAUUGUCGUCUAAAAUCACACAUGAGAACACACACUGGAGAAAAACCUUUCUCUUGUUCAAUCUGUGGUAAAGGUUUUACACAAAGUAUCAAUUUGAAAGUACACAUGAGAACACACACUUGUGAAAAACGUUUUUCCUGUUCAACCUGUGGUAAAGGUUUUACACAAAGUCAGAGUUUGAAAAUACAUAUUAGAACACACACUAGAGAAAAACCUUUUUCUUGUUCACUCUGUAGUAAAGGUUUUACACAAAGUAUCAAUUUGAAGGUACACAUGAGAACACACACCAGUGAAAAACCUUUUUCCUGUUCAAUCUGUGGUAAAGGUUUUAGAGAAAGUCAACAUUUGAAAAGACACAUGAGAACACACACUGGUGAAAAACCUUUUUCAUGUUCAAACUGCGGUAAACAUUUUACUCAGAGGCCAGAUUUAAAAGUACACAUGAGAACACACACUGGAGAAAAACCUUUUUCAUGUUCUAUCUGUGGUAAAGGUUUUACAAGAAGUCAACAUUUGAAAGUACACAUGAGAACACACACCGGAGAAAAACCUUUUUCAUGUUCAAUCUGCGGUAAAGAUUUUACUCGAAGGGAAAAUUUCAAAAAGCACAUGAGAAUACACACUGGAGAAAAACCUUUUCCUGUUCAAUCUGCAGUAAAUAUUUUGCGCAACGACACUAUUUGAAAGAACACGUGAGAACACACACUGGAGAAAAACCUUUUACAUGUUCAGUAUGUUGUAAAAGUUUUUUACAAAGUCAGCAUUUGAAAAGACACAUGAGAAGACACCCAGGAGAGAAAGUGUUGAGUUGCAGUGUGU